AUGGCUCUCCCCUUCCAAGCGCUCUCCCUCACCUCGCACAAGCAGACGACUCCCCUCACACUGCUGCCCUUCACCGAGCCCGAACUAGGCACGGGAGAGCUACUGAUUCAGAACGUAGCGGUCGCACAGAACCCGGUGGACUGGAAACAGAUCGACUUUGAUUUUAACAUCCCUAGCUUGCCCUUCGUCCCGGGUGCUGACAUAGCUGGGGUGGUAUACAAGGUCGGCCCGAGUGUGGAGGGCUUCAAAGGUGGGGAUAGGGUCAUCUCCUGGCUGACCCGAAAGACCGCUCGUCAUGGCGGUUACCAGACAUACAGCAUCGCCUCUCACGGGCGCACAUUUCAUCUUCCUGAGUGUUAUUCGUUCGAACAAGGCUGUACAAUCACUGCGGCAUUCGCCAGCGCCGGUGCGGGCCUGGAGCACGGUUUGGGCGUAGAACUGCCCAUAACGCCCGCUAAGUGGCCUGCGGAGAGCGAUGGAGAGCCAUUGUUGGUUUGGGGCGGAUCGAGCAGCGUCGGUGCCUUCGUGAUCCAGACCGCCAAGGCCGCGGGGUACACGGUGUUUUCUACCGCCUCGCCCAAGAAUCAUGCGUAUGUCAAGUCGCUCGGCGCCACCGAGGUGUUCGAUUACCACGAUCCGGACGUCGUUAGCAAGAUCCGUGCCUCAGUUGGCCCAAACCUCUCAAAGAUCUUCGACAGCAUCUCCGAGAACGGCUCAAUCGAAGCCUCCGUAGCGAGCAUCACAGCUCCCUCGGGGAUCGUAGCCGUCAUCCUCGCUCCCAAGGCAGAGCAGUCCACCGCAACCGUUCGCGUUGUCCAAACCGGCGCUCUCAAGACGUCGGAACCCGAGAUCGGCCAGCGGGUGUUUGGACUCUUGAACGCUCUCCUCCAGAACGGGAGCCUUGUGCCUAAUCCUAUCAAGAUCAUGCCUGGAGGAUUGUUGGGCGUGAAUGAGGGCCUCCAGCUGGGGAGAGAGCAUAGGAUCUCUGGGGAGAAACUUGUGUAUGUGGUCGCUGAUACCAAGUUUUGA